AUGUUUGACCCUCUGGACCUGUAUACUCCUGACGAAAUUCAGCCUGAACCUUUGCAAUCCAAUCUGGCAAAGAGCGAGGCAAAAGAGUUGCUCGAAGAACGACAUGACGUGACAUUUGCGAUUGAGGAUGAAAAUAACAGCGACGACGAUGACAGCGUUAUUGAUAAUCUAGAUUUGCCCUCCGUAAGGUAUGCUCCGCCGGAAGUUAUACUAUGCGUACUGUUACUUUUAAGACCUGAUAAGCAGGUGAACUUCAACCAAGGAACAAGCAAGAGUGAAUCUGUGCUCGAGAUGUGUGAAAGUCAUGGGCUGAAACCUGAUCAGCUAAAAAGACUCCUAAGUUGGUAUACAGAGGAAUGGCCUAACAAAAGACUAAACACGUUGGAGAAGGUGUGCAGUAAGAUCCCAACGCUGCGGUUUAUGGUAUCCAAAGAACUGUUAUUAGGCUACUAUACUACAAUAUUGAAAAAAUACAAUAAUAAUGACGACACCACCAAUGAAACCGUCCAGCAACUUCUUAGAGAGUUAAGCUCAAGGAUAUCCGAAAACUGCGGCAGGACAGCACAACCUUCUAUUAUAAGAUAUUUUGAACUAAAAAAUUUAAACAGUGCCAUUCCACUCUAUGAACCAUCAUUGACAGCCGAUAAUCUUGGUUGGAAAACCUGGGGGUCCUCUUUGAUACUUUCACAACUAGUAGUAGAUUACCUACACACCACAGACAUGCUACCAUUGGCGAACUGCGGCACCAAAAGGAUUAAAGUCUUAGAGUUAGGUUCCGGCACCGGUUUAGUGGGACUUUCAUGGGCUGCCAAGUGGAAGGAACUCUAUGGAAUUCACAACACAGAAAUCUAUGUGACAGAUUUACCGGAGAUUGUAACGAACUUGGAAAAGAACGUAGUACUUAAUAACUUAGAAGAUUUUGUUCAGGCAGAGGUACUGGAUUGGACUAAUCCUCAGGAUUUCAUCAAUCAAUUUGGUCAUGAAAAGGACUUUGAUAUCAUAUUUGUUGCCGAUCCGAUCUAUUCACCUCAGCACCCAGAAUGGGUCGUCAACAUGAUAUCGAAGUUUCUGGCACCAUCGGGGACUUGUCAUUUGGAGAUACCUUUGAGAGCGAAGUACGCAAAGGAAAGAGAGGUUUUGAAAUCUUUACUGAAGGAUAAUGAUCUUAAAGUGAUAAAAGAAAGUUGUUCCGAAGGUAUGGAUGAUUGGGGGGUAGUAAAAUAUUUGUAUAGACAGAUUGUUCGCAACUGA